AUGGCGGACUGCACUCAUAUCAAGCAGCUGAGUCCGUUAGACCUGACAGUGCCGACUGCCUACAUCAACAUUCUGUUCGCGUUUGACACCACAGACCGAACACCAGCGGUCAGAGAACAUUUGAAAGUCGGCCUAGAUGUGCUCUCCAAGCAACUCCCGUGGCUGUCAGGCCGAGUCUUCGCCAGUAAAUUCCAGCAGAAACCGUCACUUGAAAUCCGAUACAAUGCAGACACUGCCCUAACUCUACUCGACAAGGGUUCUAUCGACGGGACAUACGAGACAUUAUCUUCCCAGGGAAUGCCCCCAGAAGAAAUUCCCCCAGAAGUCUGGCCACUGCCACCCGUCAUAGAUGAUGCCCUGGCUGCAGCUGGUGCACCUGUGUUCGCCACAAGUUUGUUCCGUUUCGCAGAUCAUGGCGUCGGGUUAUGUGUCUCCCUGCACCAUAAUACCGUCGACGCGACAGGAUUCUCAGAGAUCAUCAAACAGUGGACACGAAACAUUACCAAUUCCGGUCUGGACCUCACAAGUCCAACGCAGUUCGGUCGAAUUGAACGGCUUUCUGAGGCAUUGUCACCUCAGUUGGAAGAAAUCUCAGCUCUUUCGUAUGAAGAGCUCCUCGCAAAACACCCCGAAUAUGCUAAAACACAGCCUACUACGGACGAACCUGCUCAGCAAACCGAAUCUCCACCUUGCACAUCAAAGGUGUUCACUAUCCCAAUUCACCGGAUCAUCACGAUCAAGGAGGCAUUGGGAAAAUAUACACCAAACCCUCCAACUACAAACGUCAUCCUUUGCGCGCUUCUCUGGACAGCGAUAACCCGCGUACGAGCACAGCGCAGCCCCUCCCUCGCAGAGUCAAUCACUAGCCGACUAGCAACAAUAGUUAACGGCCGACGACGAAUCAGCUCGACAUUCUCUCCGGCGUCGAAUCCCUAUUUCGGGAAUGUAGUGCUGUACACUCGGACAGAAGCCACAGCAGCUUUACUCACAAACACAAAGACAACCUCAACUUCAUCUCCAGAAUCCACACGAACUUUAUCCGAAAUCUGCACCCGCAUCGCAACCUCCCAAUCCCCAUCCACCAUCACCGCACGGCACAUCGCCGAGGUAUACCGUCUAAUAAAUGACUCCGAAGACCACCGCACUCUCGACCCGGGGUGGGAUAUAUUCGGCUCGCGCGACCUGGCGAUUACCAGCUGGGCGGAUCUAGAGCUAUACGAGGUAGACUUUGGGGCUGGGCUGGGAAGGCCAGGAUUUGUCAGACUGCCGUAUAUGGAGGCGGAUGGGGUGGCUGUGCUUUUACCGAGGAGGAGGGGUGGAGUGGAUGAGAGCCUGGAGGUUAUGGUCCUGUUGAGGAGGGAUGAUAUGGCUGUUUUGGAAAGGGAUGAGGAGUGGUUGGCGGUUGCGUCUGGGGUUGGGAAUUCUGCUUAA